AUGUCUUCUCCAUGGACUUUCGUGGCAUGGGGAAUGGAUGUGAUUGGACCGAUAGAACCAAAAGCAUCGAAUGGUCACAUGUUCAUCUUGGUGGCCAUUGAUUAUUUUACAAAGCGGGUGGAAGCAGUAACUUUCAAGUCGGUAACCAAGAAGGUCGUGGUGGAUUUCAUCCAUUUCAACAUCAUAUGUCGGUUUGGUAUUCCAAAGGUGAUUAUCACUGAUAACGCCGCAAAUGUCAAUAGCCACUUAAUGCAAGAGUUGCCUUUUGCUUUGUUGGGUUAUCGCACUACAGUCCGUACGAUAGUGGGCGCUACCCCAUAUUCACUAGUAUACGGGACUGAGGCAGUUAUACCUGCAGAGUUUGAGAUCCCAUCUUUACGAAUUGUUGUGGAGGCUGAAAUUGAUGAUGAUGAGUGGAUCAAAACUCGAUACAACAAAAAGGUGCGUCCCAGACAUUUUGAAGAGGGUCAAUUAGUGUUGAGACGCAUUUUGCCACAUCAUGCCAAAACCAAAGGCAAAUUUUCUCCGAAUUGGAAAGGACUAUUCGUUGUUAAAAGGGUAUUACCCAAUGGUGCUCUUUACUUAGCAGAUAUAGAAGGCAAAGUGAAAGAAACGCUCGUCAAUGCUGAUGCUGUGAAAAGAUAUUACAUAUGA